GAGCAGAAAUGAGACAGUUAGUGGAAGCUGUCCAGAGCAUGCAGGGCCCAUCUUCUCUCCAAACCAGUAAGUUAAUGCAGUCACCGCUACCGGGUGAUGCACCAGAGAUUGAGGAGGAUGAUGAUUGGCCUGCCCCACCACCGUGGCCAGAUCCAACUGAGGAAGCACCACUGCCUAGUGACCCACCAGUGUUGAACCCCCAUCGCCAAGAUGCAUGCGUGUUUCCAGCCAUUAAGACAGAGGCAAUGGCAAUCCCACCUGCUAAUAUGGUCAUGGACCACCCAGGACAGAGUCUGUCAUCAGAUCCUCCACCAGCUCUCAGUUUUCCAGAUAAAGCCUCCCAUAAUUCACCUCCUUGGUUCAAGCCAGUUCAUCUUCCACCUCGCUCAGGCAGUUUCCCACUGGGUGGGUCCAAGCAUCCGCGCGCCACCUAUGUGGACAGUAAGACUGAGCAUGACUAUAAUCCAGCAUCCCCUGAGCAGCAGUUCAAUCUCUCCUCUCCACAGCCACUGCUGGACAGACCAAAUCCGGGCAGGACUCCUAUCACCUCAGAGACAGUUUACCGUGGUCCCCGCCCAACAAACCCCAACUUCUCCAGUCGAGACCCUAGUGAGUUUGCUAGGCUUAAGAUGGCAUUGGGGAAUCUUCUACCUGAGGACGCGACUGAGCUGUUCAAGUAUCA